AUGACUCCAGCAAAUGUCGAUUCGAAUGCAAAAAAGAAAGAGAUCAAAAAGGAUAGGCCGGAUUCACAAAGGAGACGUCAGAUGCGCAGGCGACAAGAGAAGGAAGAAAUAAAGAAGCCGACACCGCCAUCUUCACUCCUUCAAAACCCCGCUGGCGGCCCAGCCAACAAGAAGGCACACAUCGGACAAGAGGAGGAGGACGGAGAUAUUCUUUCGAUCAAACUUCUCAUUCCUCCGUCGACAGUGCGUGAUAUUAGUGAUGAUUCGAUGCGCAAUCUCAUGAAAGAAAAAAACUGUCGAACUGAGAUUAUGGCUAGUAAGACAAAUCCAGAGUGCUUUCCGUUACUGUCUCUUCAAAUUUCUAUUGGACGCCUCAACAACAUUAUGGCCGUUAUCGAGUCAAUUCAAGAAAAGAUUCGUAAGAAAUGUGCCGACCAAGUGGGGAAAGACGCUUUCGACGUCGAGAACACACCGCGUCGCAAUGAAAUUAAAGUUCUGAUACCGAACACGUCGUCAAGAAUGUAUGUCGGAACGUUUGGUACUGCACUCAAGAUGAUUCGGAAAGAUUUUGGAGCCAAGGUUCAAAUGAAUCCGAAGGACGGAUCUGUGGAGGCGAAGACGGCGUUGGAGAGAGUUGUGACAGUGGCUCACGAAGAAUCGCCGAUUCUGCUGAAAUCAGUUUCCCGUGUCAUCAGAAAAGUGGCGAAGUCACAAAACGCCCAAUCGUCGGAAGAAGACGCGCCAGAAGAGGAAACGGAGCCGAUUCACUGUAUGCUCACUGAGAAAGGGUGCUUCAAUCUACUGAAAGAGGAAUACAUGCGCACCGGGGAAGUCGUUGGCUGCCCGACUCCGGUUCCCGAGCAUCGGACCGCCAUCGACGUUACAAAAUGGGCUAUCGAUUAUGAGGAACUUCUUUUACAAGACCCACCGAGAACUGGAGGAGAAGACCGCGGCCGAAGCUUCAAGAAAAAUAAUGCGAUCGAAAAAGAAGGCUCCAGCGAUGCACGAAUUGACUGGCAGAGAGAAAGAGUAAGAGCCCGUAUUGAACGGAGAAUCGCCAUAAAAACGAAAAGAGCUCGAGAUGCACAGGAAGUGGCGGAACAGGCGGAAGGAAUGAGAGAACUGUUCGGGAGCGAUUUGGAUUGA